UAAAGAGUACCCGGUCGUUCCCAGGAGCACAGUGAGACAAAAAGUGUCCUCGAAUCACAGCCCCUUCAGUGGCGAGACCAGAGUCCUUUCUGCCUCCUCCAACCUGGGCUCCCAGUACCAGUGUGAGAACGGGGUGUCGAGCACCUCCCAGGACCUGCUGCCGCCGGCCAACCCCUACCCGAUCUCCCAGGAGCACAGCCAGAUCUACCACUGCACCAAGAGAAAAGAUGAGGAAUGUUCCACCACCGAGCAUCCCUACAAGAAGCCCUACAUGGAAACUUCUCCGGCAGAAGAGGAUCCUUUCUACAGGUCCGGUUACCCCCAGCAGCAGGGACUGAACACUUCGUACAGGACUGAGUCAGCCCAGCGCCAAGCAUGUAUGUACGCCAGCUCGGCUCCCCCCACGGACCCCGUGCCCAGCCUGGAAGACAUCAGCUGUAACACGUGGCCGAGCGUGCCAUCCUACAGCAGUUGCACCGUGUCUGCCAUGCAGCCCAUGGACAGGUUACCCUACCAGCAUUUCUCUGCCCACUUCACCUCGGGGCCGCUGAUGCCGCGGCUCAGCGGCGUGGCCAACCAUACCUCCCCCCAGAUAGGCGAUACCCAUAGCAUGUUUCAGCACCAAACCUCGGUUUCUCACCAACCCAUCGUCCGGCAGUGUGGACCUCAAACCGGCAUCCAGUCCCCUCCCAGCAGCUUACAGCCCGCGGAGUUCCUGUAUUCCCACGGCGUGCCUCGAACCCUCUCUCCCCACCAGUACCACUCGGUCCACGGCGUGGGCAUGGUGCCAGAGUGGAGCGAGAACAGCUAACGAGGCGGUCAGGAAAGCGCAAGAGCGUUAGCCGUGGAAAACAAAACAAAACAAAAACAAACACACACACAAAAAAAAAAAAAGGGAAAAGAAAAGGAAAAAAUACCCUGUCGAUAAUAAAAGCGAGAGUAUUUUGCAAGACUCCUUUAACUGAAUGUUCACGGAUAGCACUCGAGAGGGAUGGACACAGAUUGAAACCACGGAUGAGAUAGUCAUCGGCCUCGGUGUGACUUGUGUCCCC